UUUUUUUUUUCUAAAACAAAAAAACAAUCUGUUGACAUUUUGUUUAUUUUUCUCAUCAUUACAGCGGACAAUGUGUUUAGGCCAGCAUCCGUGGCUGCUAUGGAUGCCGCCAAUUCCAGUGGACCAAGUACACCCGGUAUUGACUUGCAGAGAUUGGCUAGUGGAUUCUUCACCAAUGCGGCAGCGCGGAUAGAUUGGCUGGACGAUCGCAAUAUCUUUAACUGGAGUCGACAAGAAGAAAGCGAAGUCGACGAUUCAUUGUACUUUUUGGAUCGCAACAGUGGAGGUAUAACGGGUUCGGCCAGCGAAGUUGAAAUUACCGCACAUAAACGACGAAAAAGUACUGGUCGACGUAGUCGCACCGGCAGUCUGAUCCAUAGUGAAGGCGGAGGCAUGAAAGUAGACUCGAUGACGACGCUUAAUGUACAGAAACCGUUUGGUGAAUUACGGCUACCUGUCGCAAGGCGAUCAGGAUUUAAACACAAUGAAGAGCAAGAUGGUCUCGGAUCAGAAGCGACAAUCGACUACUUGCGAGUUGAGGACGACGGUUAUGCCGGAGACCGAGAAGAAACCUCGAAGCUUUCAAAGAAAACGAUUUGAAGGAUGAUGUAUAUAGCCAAUACGUUAUAAAAUAAUACUUUGCUGUAAUGGGGACCCGAAAGCUUUUUAUCUAGAAUUAAACACAAAAAAAAUAGAAAUCUUAUU